CGGAGCCGGGCUGCCGGAUUCUCGGGGACUGGAUCUUGCAUUUAGAAUUUCAGAACUUCGACCCCUGUUCCCCUACUAGCAUGGUUCGGGCCUUAGUUAGCUUGGCCGCUGACUGCGUCUCUGUUGAUUUGAUAAUGGUUCGCUAAGGCUCGAGUCCUUCACCAAGACUUAACUAGCGCCAACGGCGGCAACACCAUACGUGGUUCCGGGACAGGGAGGAGUUACAUUUCUCUCACGGAGGCAUUUGGCCCCCAAUAUGCUCAAAUCUUCUUCUGGUACACCCCCUAAUUUCCACGUGCCCGAGCUUGUGGUUGCGACAAUUAUCAAGUUAAAAACAUGGGUUUCUGACUUUUUCGCAUCCUGCUCCUCCACUUCGCUACCCCCUAUUGCCUCUCUUGAGUCUCUUCCCACGCCAAAAUGCGUCUCCAGGUGACACUGCCACUGCUCCUCACAGCUAGCCUUGCCACGGGACUUCAGCAGAAGACCGAUCCUGGCUGCAGAUGUGUCCCUGGCGAUGCCUGCUGGCCAAAGCCCUGCCACUGGCAAGACUUGGACGAGAAGCUGGGCAAAGGGAAGCUCAUCAAGACUUCUCCCAUUGCCGAGUCAUGUUACAACGGCCCGCACAAGGACCUUGAUGAAUGCGCCCAUGUGACACAGAUGUGGUCGGAUCAGGACUUCCAAACGAAUCAACCCAUUGGCAGACCUUAUCCCUACAAUAUCACCUGCGCUCCCGUGGACUAUGCGGCUGGAGAGACUCCCACGUCUUGCAUUCUUGGCCCCCUUCCCCAGUACGCCGUUAAUGCCACCACAAAAGAGGAUAUUUCCCUCACGCUCGACUUUGCUAAGCGCAACAACAUUCGUCUCGUCGUCACGAGCACGGGACACGAUCUUCUCGCCCGCUCUGACGGCUAUGGCAGUCUCCAAGUGUGGCUGCGCCACUACCGCAACGGCAUCUACUUCCAAGAGACCUUCUCGGGCAAAUCCUCCGACGGAAAAGGGGUGGGUGGGUCGUGCACAAAGUCUGGCUGGACAGGCAGCGCCAUUCACAUCGAUGGCGCAUGGCAAUGGCGUGAUGUGUACAAGGUUGCCGAGGCAAACAAUGUCAUCGCCGUCGGUGGUGGUGCUGUCUCUCCAGGUGCCAUCGGAGGGUGGUCGUCCGGCGGUGGCCAUGGGCCUGCCACACGCAACUACGGGCUCGGCGCCGAUCAGAUCCUCGAGGCCGAGGUGAUGCUCGCAGACGGGACAAUUGUCACCGCCAACCACUGCGAAAACACUGACCUCUUUCGUGCCAUUCGCGGCGGUGGCCCUGGCUACGGCAUCGUCCUCAGCCAGCACAUCAAGGUGCAUCCCAAUGUGGACGUUGUUACCGUCCAUCGACUCGCUAUCGCUCCGCUUGAGCAUACCCCCGAGAACGUGGACCUCCUCGAUGCCGUUGCAGUCCUGCUCCAGCAUCUCCCUAACAUCAGCGAGGAGGGAUACGCCGGUUAUGCGUAUUGGUUCCGCAACUUUCCCAUGCCCUUCAUCGGCGAGACACCAUCUGGUUAUUCCCACGGCAUCUGGGCAAUUGGCAAGGGGAAGGCUGAGGCUGAGGAAGCCAUCGCCGUUGCACUCAAGGCCCUUGAGAAGUUUGAGGACAAGCUGUUUAUUCACUCAACGUUGGCCGAGUACCCCGACUACUGGUCAUUCUACCACGCCGAGUCUGGCCUCUACGAUCCCACGGGUAGCACGUCCAUCUUGACGUCCCGUAUGAUCGAUAACAAGGCCGUGUCCGAUUACCAAAAAGUCCGCGACACGGUGGAGAUCAUCAGCGGCAAGCCCGAGGAGUUCGCGUCCAACGUUGUCCUCCUCGUUUCAGGCGGCCAAGUCUUCCAGGAUGCCUCGGACACCACCUCGGGCCUGCACCCCGCCUGGCGGACCUCCCCCUUUGUCCUCGUCACCGGGCAGGGCAUACCCAAGGUUGCGAGCCGCGAGAUUCGGGACUACGUCACCCAUGAGAUCACCCACGUCAAGGGAGCAGCCCUUAAGAAGCUUGCCCCUGACACGGGAGGCUACAUGAAUGAGGGUGACCGCCACGACCCGGAUUACAUCCAGGCCUUUUAUGGAUCCAACUAUGAGAGCCACCUGGCGGCCAAGAAGAAGUACGACCCGGAACAUGUAUUCUACUGCCCAACCUGCGUGGGCGCCGAGGCCUUUAUCGAGAAGCCCGACGGGCCUCUCUGCCGCAAGUCUUGAGUGCAGUGGAUGGUAAGACUGAGCCCCGAAAAAGGCUAUCAUGCAACUCACCCUUUGGUUGUUGGUAACUAGAGAUAUAAUCAGCCGGUUAAUAAAUGCAUGCAUAUGGCC